GACAAUUGAUUGAAGAAAAUUUGUUGCUUCACGUCAGCUAUAUUGUCGGCUGUAUUUUUAAUUAUUUUUUCAAAACAACGGAUUUUUUGAUCACUGUUGUAUUAUUUAAUAAACCAUACUUUUUAAUUGUAUUUAAAUAUGGAUUUUAUCGCUUCAGGGAAAGGUGACACGACAGAAAAUUGUGAUCCAAAUUCAUUAUCAAAUGGUACUUCUAAGUCUGCCGUAGACAAACAAAAUACUGAUAGUGAAAAAACACUCGUGGAAGCUCCCGCAGAGAGUGCGGCAUGUACGUCGGAGUCUGCCGAAGACUCCCUUGUCUGCGAAAUUCCGGAACAAGUCGAAUUUACGGUAGUUUUUAACAAAGUCAAACACGACAUAACAUUCGCUUACGAUGCAACUGUAUCGGAAUUAAAAGCUCAUCUUGAAAGAAUAUGUGGAGUACCACAAUCCGCGCAGAAACUAAUAAUUAAAGGCAUGGCUCGCGACAAUAUGACUCUAAGGAAAGCUGGUGUAGUUAAAGGUGGUAAAGUCAUGCUCGUUGGCUCUAAAAUGGAUGAUAUAUUAGCUGUUAAAAGUGCACCAAAGGAACUAACAGAGGAAAAAUCAAGUAGUCAGACAAAUAAGGAACCACUUUGCAUGCAAAAAAAUCACAGAAAAGUCCUCGAUAAAGGUAUUCCACCAGAUGUCAUGCCUGGAAUAAAAGGAGUUAAGGAACCUUUGCCCCCAAUCCCUCUUAGUGGAAUGUUAAAUAAGCAUGGUGGUAAAGUAAGAUUAACAUUUAAGCCAGAGCAAGAUCAACUCUGGGUUGGCACAAAAGAACGCACUGAGAAACUUGCCAUGACAUCUAUUAAAAGUAUAACUUCAGAACCAAUCAAAGAUCAUGAAGAGUAUCACAUUAUGGGCCUUCAAUUAGGAACCACAGAGGCUUCAAGGUAUUGGGUCUACUGGGUGCCAGCUCAGUAUGUGGAAGCCAUAAAAGAUGCAGUACUUGGUGUUUGGCAGUUCUUUUAACUGAAUAAAUUGCCCAAUUUACUGCCCAUAUAUAGUCAUUUCUUUUUAUGAGCUACUUGGGUAGAUGCAAUAUUAUAUACUUUUUUAAACUAAAUGGAUCCCUAGUACUCCGCCAUAUGUCGUCUUAAUUGACUUAACAUCAAAAUUUUAACAUUUGGACGAAAUUUGAUUUUCGUUUUUUUUAAAUAAAAAAUAUUUUACUAGGGCUGCCAUUUUCAUUUUUGCAGGUAUAUAGGCAACACUCACAUCAACAUAAUAUUCGUUAUUUAUAUGAGUAUUGUUUAUAUACUAUGUUGUAUUCUUUUGUGAUAAACAUGCCAUGUCAAUUAAAGUUGUCCAUUUAAAUACUGGCAUCUUUGUAUCUGGUCAAAUCAGAAAUUAUUUAUUACAGUUUUAAAUUUGCAUUUUAUGCAUAUUGGGUUUUAUGCUGUAUGAUAUUGCUAAUAACAAUAAUUCUUAUUGGAAACAUCAAUGCUAAUCACUGAUAUAGUGAACAUUUGUAACAACUGAGCUUUAUUGCCUCCUUGAGUUUUAAACCUGAUCUCUAUGUGAACUUUUACAAUAUUUGGUAAUUUAUUUGUAGGAUUAGCUGGAGUGUUAACAAAAACUGUAAAGUUUUCUUCAUAAAUAUCAGAAGUAGCUGAAUUUAAAAUAUAUAAUAUAAAUGGUUUAUAACUGGCAGAUUCCAGCUAAUUCUUCAUUCAUUUUGAUCAUAGAAAUAGAGGAAAAAUGUUUUGAACUAACUUUUCUUUUUCAUUUUACCUAUCCCAGAUUAAAUAAAAUAAUUCACAAGAUAUAAAAACCACUUUAUUGAAUACAAUAGAAAUGUAAAAUCAUAUAUUCUUAAAUCUAAUAAUAUAGUAGUUAUACUACAUAAAAUGGCACUCUAUAUUUAAGAUUGCAUAAUCUUCAAUAAGUUAAUGUUAGCAUAAAAGUUGUAAAAAAUAUUUGGCAUGUCGAUAUGUAUAAAUAAUUAGUUUUUGUACUCUUAUACUUAUAUUUAAAAAUCAGCUUAACCAUAUUCAGAUUGUACUGUUAUAGAAAACUGCCCCUUGGGAAUACUUGUUGCGUGGUACCAGAGCCUUGUGUCCAGCAAUACUGAAAUGAUAUAAAAAUAUUCUAAUUAACAAUAAACUAAAUAUAAAUUACUAUAAAUCAACUUUCAUAAUAAAAAUCCUAAUUAAGGUUCAAAAUAAAAUAAUAAGAAAAAUCAUCUAUUGGCAACUUUUCAAUGUAAAUUAAAGGAGGAAUUGCAAAAAAAGUUUUGAGAUUAUUGUGUGGGGUUUAGAUUCAGUAUUUUAUGAUGAUUUUUUUUUACAUUUUUCUGAAUAGUAGCUUAAAAAUUGGUGUCAACUGUCUCACUGUAUCAGUAGCGUUAGUAGCUUCAUGGCAGGGUGCGGCCGCAAACUCGAAAGGUUGUGGGUUCGAAUCCGCCAUUCGACUACUGUCGUGAACCACUUCUAACACGAGCAUUUUAAGCUUACUAGAAGUGAUUAAAUAGAAUAUUAGUAAUAUUUAAUAGCAUUACUAGUAUUUUUUUUAAAAAGGAACUCACCAACAUCACCAGGCUCUACAUAAUAUUGAAACUUGUGACAGACAUGUUCACAUUCUGGAACUGGGGCAAUUGACCAAUUUUUACUUCCUUUUACUUGCCCUUGCCACAUGAGACGAGGAAUAUAGUCCAACUGAAGAAAAAAAAAUUGUUUUUUACCUAUUUAAAAAGUAUUUAAUUUAUACUUUUAUAUUUAACUUAUAUUAUGCCUUUUUAAUCAAAUCAGUCAAUCAAUAUACUAUUUUUUGUGCACCAAUUCAUAUUAAAAUAAAAAGAAAAUAUAAUAUAUAAAGAAUAUAUUAUAUUUACUAAGUGGUUUUCCUUUUCUGCCCAUCUGGGUAGUAUACCAUUUUUGCCGCCAAAUAGCAGUGCUUGCACAGCUGUGUUCCAGUCUGAAGGCUAUAGACAUUGAACAACUGCAACUGGUGUUGCAGUUGUUCAUGGGUGGCGGUAGUCACUUACUAUCAGGUGAGUCGCAUGCUCAUUUGCCCCCUCUCCUAUAAAAAAAAUUAAAAUUGCAGACAUUCAGGCAUUCCAUCUUAGUUCUGUCCACCUCCAUAUAUAAAUUAUACAAGUAAUAAUUUAAAAUUAAAAAUUUUGUACUUUGUAUUGACUUCAAUAUAAAUUAUUAAGAAUAACUCAAAAAAAACUAUUGGUCAGACCUUGAUCAAAUUUAUAUGGGACCACAUGAGAAGCACCAGCUUUCAAAUAAAAAAAAAGAAUCAUUGAUAUCGGUUCACCUAGAAAAAAGUUAUGAGGUAACACACAUAAAAAAAACAGAAUUUAAUUGAGUACAGUCUCCUUUUUGAAGUCGGUAGAAAAAUUAAAAUAAAAUAAACAAGAUGAUAACAGUUGUGAAUAAGUACGAUAGAUACAAUAAAGGGCAGGAAAUAUGACAGGAAAUAUUAGAGGCCCUGCAAAUAAGCCUCGAAUAGAUUUUUAAGGUCAAGAUUUUUUUUAAAGGGGCAAGGGCUUAUAUUCAUUAAAUGUUAAGUUUAAGGAUAUAAAACAGCCAUAUAGUGUUGGGAUAUGAGAAUCCAUCACCCCAUUUUAUCCGUUAUGGCCACAAGAAUCUUAUGGCUUCUGAUAGACGGCCAUACAGCCAUCUCUUUACACCAGGUUUCAAAUGACUAAGACUGAUGAUAGGGAGCCGCACAAGGUUUAAGUCAAAUCUCAUUCCACCUACCAAGCGUAACAAUUAAGGCAAAGCCUACCUACAACAUGGCCCAUAUUCAGUUGUGGACUUUAAACAACUAAUGAAGAAGUAACAACUAAUUAGAGAAUAAUAAUUACAUGCAUUACAGCUCCUAUCUCAUAUCCAAAGAAUAUAUUUUCAGUUUCUGGAAACUCUGCAUCUUCUGGUAAAAAUUCUGGAAUUUUAUAAUACUGCCUCACUUUCGCAAGUAUAUCAGCGUGACAAUUGGCCCUGAAAAUUAAUCUAUACAAAUAAAUAAAAUUGAAGUGUCUGUUUGUAAUGUCAAAAUUACAGUUUUUUACUAAAUGCAUAUGAAAGUAAAUACGGUACCUAUAACAAAAAUACAAUUUUUAAAAUUUUUGUCUGUCUGUUUGUUCCGGGUAAUCUCCGAAACGGCUGGACCGAUUCUGACGGGACUUUCACUGGCAGAUAGCUGAUUUCAUAAGGAGUAACUUAGGCUACUUUUAUUUUAGAAAAACAAUUAGGGUUCCGCGCAAAAACAUAAAAACCCUAACACGCGAACGAAGUCGCGGGGAACAGCUAGUAUAGUAAUAAAUUGUAGAAUCAGUUGCUUCUAAUGUGGCUCUGAUGAUAAAUAAAUAUUUAUGAUAUUAUAACAUAGCUGUGUCUUAAAAGUUUAAGAGAAUGCUCCUGUUUUUCCCAAGGCUGUUCAUAUAACAUCUUAAGUUUCUUCUAAAGAGAUCUGACCUUCAAUUAAUAAUUGUAUAUGGUUAUAUUGUGCAAUGAAAAUUACAUUUUACAAUUUAUAAUCACAUUUUAUAUUUUUAUUUUAUCUCAUUUUAUUAAAAAGUUAUAAAAUCAAAAUAGUCAUGGUGUAAAAUUUACAAAUUUGUAGAAUUCAGGAUAUAAUGUUACACAUUUCUGUUCAGGUUUCAAGUUGACAGGCAUAAAUUUACAUUUUUGUAAAAGAAAAAACUGGUUUAUUAAACACAGAACUUUAGUUAAAGUUUAAAUUAUUGUUGAACUGUAUGACAAUUCUGAUAUGUGCUCAAUGAUUAUUCAUUACUAUUAAAAUAUUGUAAUAAAUCGUCAUUGAAAAAGGC